AUGAGGCAGGCUGUACAACAGAACAGUGCUGCGCAUGAGGAUGAUCAUCCAGAUAACCUCAUCACGUCGAGUGGCUCGACACCAUCAGGKAUCAUUACGCCGCAGCCUGAUCCGGCGGAUAAACGCUUGCCUUCUAUAAUCCACUAUUUCUCCCAGGUUGGUAACUCUGCUUUUCCACUGAGUUCUCUCAAAGCACGGUUAUCUAGUUCUUUCACUACAUCUGUUGCGAACGCUACUCCAGCUCCUGUGGAGUCAAAUGAGCAGUCCAAUGUUGAGACUAUGAAGCCCGAUGUGGAUGGUGUCUCUGAUGCUGUUUCUCCGUCGUCUGGUGCGAAUGCUACUGAAGGGCAACUGCAAAACCCAGAACAAACCGAGACUACAGAGACCUUUUCCAAACCCACAUCCCUCCCUACUCCCCCCUAUUCGUCUGCUUGUUCUUUAUCACAGAAGGACAUGGAGGAAAUGGAGAGCACGGCGCCUACCACCGAGAAAACUGCCGUCUCCAUUUAUUCUGCGCUGAAAGAUUACAUGUCGUCGACAACGUCAAAUAAUGUUUCCGAAUUACAUUCGUCACGGCGUCCCACAUGUGACCCAGUGUCCAGCGUCUCUGACGACCCAGUUCUUGCAUCUCAUUUCUCCAAUCCAUCCCUCCCUGACGCUUCAGAUCUUCCACCUCCACCGGCAGUCCCCCUGUUGGAGCAUGAGAAGCCCCACCACAUAUCCAAAUCUUCUGAGAACCUUGCCAAACUGACUGAGGGCAUGGCUAAUCCUUCACAUCUUAAGAAUACUCCGCCCUUGACACCACGAGCUAUGUCGCAAGAGAAUGGUAUGUCACAACCCAACGGCUCGACCCCGGUUCCGUCGAACUCGUCGAACCAGCGCCGAAGUCAUACCGAAACUCCGUCGGAGGUUUCCGAUGGUAAGUCGAGUGACAGCCGUUCAUCGUCGGAAGGCCCAGCAGUCGCGCCUUUGAAGGGCAAAUUGUCCGUCAAAAUCUCCCGCGCCAGAGGCUUACGCCCCAGCGCCGAUCCGUACGUUGUGUGCGUGUUUGAGUGGAACGAGUAUAUUUCGAAGGGUACCCAGAGCGGUGCACAGUCUCCUGAGGGCAAAAACAGCGGCAAGGACUAUCUCGACAACGACACAGGCCGACCAAUGGCCAUUCCCAUGAAGAGUCGCCAGAGCAGCCAUAACAGCCAGCUGGACAAUGUGGAUCUGAAAGGCAGAGCACCUGUUACGGAUCCGCAGUGGAACCACGAGGCAGUAUUUGAUGUGAUGGGCGAACAAUCCGAGAUUGAUGUUUCGGUUUAUGAUCGCUACAACCAAGAAGCGUUCUUGGGGCAUGUACGAAUGAGCCUCAACCUUAGAGAGGAACGCUCUAGCCUAGAGGGCUGGUUUCCUCUGGCAGCUCGAGGUCAAGGGGACUUUCAAGUCUCCGGAGAGAUUCAUUUGGAGAUGCAUUUUGAGAGGACUGAGAAGAAACAGGUCGGACCAAAUGAUUUCCAGAUCUUGAAGCUCAUUGGAAAAGGCACGUUCGGUCAAGUCUAUCAGGUCAAGAAGAAAGAUACUCAGCGAAUCUACGCCAUGAAAGUUUUGUCCAAGAAAGUCAUUAUACAGAAGAAGGAGGUCGCGCACACGUUAGGCGAGCGAAACAUUCUUGUCCGAACGGCCAUGGCAGCCUCGCCUUUCAUUGUUGGCCUCAAAUUCUCCUUCCAGACCCCCACUGAUCUUUAUUUGGUUACCGAUUACAUGUCCGGAGGUGAGCUUUUCUGGCAUCUGCAAAAGGAAGGCCGAUUCCAGGAAGCGCGAGCCAAGUUUUACAUUGCGGAGUUAAUCCUUGCCUUGCAACACUUACACGACCACGAUAUCGUGUAUCGUGAUUUGAAGCCGGAGAACAUUCUACUGGACGCUAAUGGCCACAUUGCGCUUUGCGAUUUUGGUCUAUCCAAAGCGAACCUCACCAAGAAUGAUACGACAAACACGUUCUGCGGUACUACUGAAUAUCUGGCACCGGAAGUGCUGUUGGACGAGCAAGGCUACACCAAGAUGGUGGAUUUCUGGUCUUUGGGCGUGCUUGUAUUUGAAAUGUGUUGUGGCUGGAGCCCUUUCUACGCGGAAGACACACAGCAGAUGUACAAGAAUAUUGCGUUUGGCAAGGUCCGGUUUCCACGAGAUGCAUUGAGCACAGAGGGACGUAACUUUGUCAAGGGAUUGCUUAAUCGCAACCCCAAGCAUCGUUUGGGAGCCAAGGACGAUGCUAAGGAGUUGAUUGCUCAUCCUUUCUUUCACGAUAUUGACUGGGAGGCGUUAGGUCGGAAAGAGGUCAUUCCUCCCUUCAAGCCGAAGCUCAAAUCAGAGUCGGACACUUCCAACUUUGACCCCGAAUUCACCACUGCUUUGGACCACUCUACUUCGUUGAACGACCGUGCUGCUGCACUAGCCAAUGGCCUAAUGCCUGGCUCGACCCCCCUCUCACCUGGCAUGCAAGCUAAUUUCAAGGGCUUCACAUUUGUGAACGAAAGCUCUAUGGACCAUCACCUCAAGGACAACAGCGCAGACCGCAUGGACGAAGAUACGAAAGAAGACGAGUCGUGGCAUCGCCAUCAACGAUCGGUCGAUUCGACGGAUCGGCGUAUGAGCGGUGUUGUCAAGACGGGAGAAGAAGGCGGUGUCUUUAACAAUUUUGACAUUUAG